AUGAAACUGUCACCUAGCCAGGCGAGCGAUUCUUAUCCAACACUCAUAGCACUGUUGAGGAGUGAGUGUCAAACCUUCGACGACUUUCUUCAAACGGACGAGGGCACAAACCUAAUGUAUCGACUCAAUCAGCAGUUCCAACAUGAAACUACUGCACAGAAUCCUCACACUGAAAUGAAUGCUAGUGUAGUGGGUCAUUGCGGGAAAGCUUCCGACGACCUAAAUCCUCUUCAUGGGGGCGCCCACGUUAAAGAGAAAGUUGGACGUAUUGGAAGCAAACGCAGUGACUACAGGGCUCAUACUGAUGUUAUCUCGAGACUAAGAAACCAGUUUGGCGUUGGUGGACGCAAUUUGGUUUCUUUGAAUAAACAGGAUGACUUUUCAAUUAAUGCAAUUAGCAGUGGUGGCGAUAAGAACCAAAAGCGGUGA